CCAUUCUUCCAAGCUCAAAAAAGUUUAAAUUUACCAAACUGAAUCCAAAACACAGAAACCAAAAAAAAUCUGUACACCACAAUGGCAUUCAAAUCCAUCGACAUAUUUGCAUUAUCAUUCUUGUUAUUGUUAGCAUCUACAGUAUCCCAAGCCACUGUCUUUGAUCUCAACACCUAUGGUGCAAAGCCCAAUGCUGAUAUCACUCAGGCUUUGGCGAAUGCUUGGAAAGAUGUAUGUGCAGCAACAUCUCCAAGCAAACUGGUAAUUCCGAGUGGGACAUACACAUUAACUGAAGCGAAACUACUAGGUCCAUGCAAGGCACCCAUUGAGGUUCAAAUUCAAGGCACAUUGCAGGCACCAGCGGUCAUGACCAAGGCUUCCGAUAAUUGGGUUGUCAUUGAACGUCUUGAUGGUUUUACCUUAAACGGUGGAAUUUUUGAUGGCCAAGGCAAAUCCUCUUAUGGAAAACAUUGUGCCAAAACAGACUACUGCGGGAAACUCCCAAUCAAUAUCAGAUACAACUUCAUCACCAACUCGAUCAUCCGGGGGAUAACCUCUCUAGACAGCAAACAGUUCCACAUGAACGUUUUAGGCUGCAACAAUGUCACAUUUGACCAUGUCACAGUUACAGCUCCGGAAGAUAGUCCCAACACCGACGGAAUCCACAUCGGUCGUUCGACGGGAAUCAACAUCACCGAUUCAAACAUCAAAACAGGAGAUGACUGCAUCUCUCUCGGCGACGGUGCCAAACAGAUCACCGUCGUCAAAACAACAUGCGGACCCGGCCACGGAAUUAGUGUUGGAAGUCUUGGAAAGUAUCCCAACGAAGAGCCCGUAGAGGGUGUGUUCAUUAGGAAUUGUACACUUACCAACACCCAAAAUGGAGUCAGGAUCAAAACUUGGCCGGAUUCCCAUGAAGGAACUGCCUCCGAUAUGCAUUUCGAGGACAUAAUCAUGAACAAUGUUGGAAACCCAAUCCUUAUAGAUCAAGAAUAUUGUCCAUGGAAUCAAUGCAAGCUAUCGGUUCCAUCGAAAGUGAAGCUGAGCAAAGUGAGCUUUAAGAAAAUAACAGGGACUUCUUCUACUCCCGUGGCUGUGAAACUUGUCUGUAGUGGUGGAGUGCCAUGUGAGAAUGUUGAAGUUGCUGAUGUUAACCUGGCUUAUUCUGGACCUUUAGGACCUGUUACAUCUGUGUGCAAGAAUGUUAAGCCCAUCUUGUCUGGUACACAGACCCCAUCUACUUGUGCUACCGCUGCUGCUUAAUUGGAGAUGGUGUGAAGAUGAUGAUUAAUUGAUUGAUUAUGGUAGAAAAGAAAAGAAGCUAGCUGAUUGCAUCCCUUAGUCAUCAUGCAUUGUUUCAUUAGGAAAAUGGAGUAUUAUGCUCUUGUUUUUGUUUUAUUUUUUCAUUUUUUUUAUUUUUUUAUUUUUUGUCAUCUCAAUUUCUGUUCACCAUUGAUAUUGAUAAUGAUGUUACAUCAUUUCUAAGCUGGUGAAAUAGGAAUGGAGAUGGAAAAACAAAAAUAGAAGAUCUUCAUAUGAAAAUAAAUGCAUGCUUGUACAAGGUGAUUGAGAGCGUUUAUGUAAUUGUAGGAAUUUAUAGGUUAAAUUUAUAAUAUACAUACAUGAAUAAAAAUUUACAUGAGAGAGCCUUUUAUUCCUGUGUUACACUGGGGGCUCAUUUUCUCUUA